AUGACAGAUUCCAAGAUUCCCGAGGGACCGCCACCCGACUAUGAUCAGACGGCGUCAGAAGGCAGGGGAGGUUCUCGAUCUGCCGGGCCGCUCCGUAGACCUGUUCAGCCCCUCAAUUUGCCCAUCAUCAAGUACCUGAACACCAAGAGAGUCGUGCUCGCAUCCGCCUCGCCUCGGCGCAAAGCGCUGCUUCAGCAGCUUGGCCUGAACAACCUAGAAAUCACGCCAUCCACUAAACCCGAGGACGUGGACAAAGCUGUCUACGGACCCUACGAAUAUGUUGCUGAAACAGCUCGCCGGAAAUGCCUCGACGUCUACACCACGUGCUUAGAGACGCACCUAAAGUCGAUACCAGAUCCUGAUGUCGUUAUUGCGGCCGACACAAUCAUUGUUACUCGAGACGGCCGCAUCCUAGAAAAGCCCCGUAGCGAGGCAGAACACAUCAGAAUGCUGAAGCACAUGCGCGACACAGAGAUGCAUCGUGUCCUGACGGCUGUAACGGUGCUGGCACCUCGGGAAGACGCACAGCAUCCCGGCUACUGCAUCACGACUCACACGGAGGAGACAAAAGUGUACUUCUUCAGUGAAGCGAACGGCCUACCCGACGACGUCAUCGAGGCCUACGUCAAAACCCGCGAGGGUGCAGACAAAGCUGGCGGCUAUGCCAUCCAAGGCAUUGGCGGCAUGAUACUAGCCGAGAAGAUUGAUGGCAGUGUGGACAACGUGGUGGGACUACCGGUCAGGAGAUGCUUGGCCAUGGCCGAGAAGGUGGUGUUUCAACAGGAUGCGGAUGAGUUUGACGACGGGAGUACCGACGAGGAUGAUUGA